GGCGCACACAGUUCUGCAAUGGCAUCGGCCAGCCAGCCUGUGCUAGCGAGCGGCGGCACAAAAAUGAGACUCAAAGAUUAGGGAUUAAAUAGUCAUCAUAAUAAUCAUUAUAGCAAUAGACGUGUCAGAUUGUGGGAAAUCGAGACGAUAGCUGUACGAUCCGAGGAAAGCAGUCAUAGUUUCAGGUGUUCAUUUGCAUGCGCUCCUGCGGACUGGAGAGCGAGUGCUCAUAUAGGAAAGUCGGUCUCUGUUAGUUGCAUUGCCGGGAAAGAGGCGAAACGUCAUUCUGAGCAACUUCAAGAAGCCCUGUCGACCAGGGCGAUGUCUGGGUUCAGCAGGCAGGAGUUCUUCAAGGAGCUGUGGGAUGGCUGUGUUAUCCCCACGGCUCAGCAAGGUCUGGAGCAGGUGUGGCAGCUGCUGCUGCUCUGCGGUUGCUGCAGAGUGUUGUGGAGACUGGGGCUCCCCUCCUCUCUGAAGCAUGUCGCCACAGUCCUGGCUGGAUUCUACGCUCUUUUCCUCUUUUUUGAGCAGCAGAUGGUCUGGGUGGUUCUCCUCAGCCUGCUCUGCUACCUUGUCCUCUUCCUGUGCAGGCAUUCUGGGAGCAGGGGCUGCUUCCUGUCUGUCACCAUCCUCAUAUACCUGCUCAUGGGGGAGCUGCACAUGAUGGACACUGUGACCUGGCACAAGAUGAGAGGCUCUCAGAUGGUAGUGGCUAUGAAGGCGAUCUCGCUGGCCUUCGAUCUCGACAGAGGCACGGUUGCUUCCGUCCCGUCCCCUCUGGAGUUCAUGGGGUACGUCUACUUUGUGGGGACGGUCAUCUUCGGACCCUGGAUUAGCUACACCAGCUACAUGCAAGCCGUCGAAAGCAGAACAAUGAGUUUUGCCUGGCUUCUCAAAGUUUCUGCAAGUUGGUUGAAGUCUCAGAUCUGCCUGGUUGUCUCAAAUUGUAUCGCCCCUUACCUCUUCCCAUACUUCAUCCCACUUUAUGGAAACCAACGACUACGCAACAACCAGAAGCAAAAAGCCAGAGGUGCUUUCGGCAGGUGGCUGCAGGCCUACGAGAACGCAGUCUCUUUCCACUUCAGUAACUACUUUGUGGGCUACCUGAGCGAGACCACGACCACGCUGUGUGGAGCUGGCUUCACCGAGGAGAAAGACAACAUCAAGUGGGAUAUGUCUGUCUCGAAGCCGUUGGGGGUGGAGUUGCCUCGCUCCAUGGUGGAAGUAGUUACCUGUUGGAACCUGCCCAUGUCUCGCUGGCUCAACACCUACGUGUUUAAGAGCGCGCUCCGUCUGGGCACCUUCCCUGCUAUCCUGGUCACGUACUCGGCCAGCGCCCUGCUGCACGGGCUGAGUUUUCACCUGGGGGCUGUGUUGCUGUCUCUCGGAUUUAUAACCUAUGUGGAACAUGUUUUAAGAAAAAGGUUGUCCGUUAUUUUCAGCGCCUGUAUUCUCUCGAGAAGAUGCCAAACAAACUGCAAUCACCAAAAUAAGAACAGGCUGUGGGUGUGGGGGUGUAACCUGAGCUUCAGCGCGCUGGCUCUCUUUCACUUGGCCUAUCUGGGUUCGCUGUUCGAUGCUGAGGUUGAUUACGCUGAGGCAGAGGAGAGCUACGUGGCUUCCUACACCAUCCACAAGUGGUCAGAGCUCAGCUGGGCCAGCCACUGGGUGACCUUCGGGUGCUGGGUGUUCUAUCGGCUCAUCCGCUGAGACCAGAACUCCAUCUGGAAGGGACUACACCGAACACACAGCAAUACUAUCAGUUAGGGAGGGCCAGGGCUGGAAAACCCUAUUUCUCUCUCUAGUUUUUCAUUUGGGUUUUUUAUAUAUAUAUAUAUAUAUAUAUAUAUAUAU